AAGCUACAGAAAGAAAGCAUGGAAAGCACAAUGGUUCAGGGUUCAGCAGCUUCAUCACAAAAUGAAAGUGAAAUUGUUCGGCCUUCAAAAUAUUAUCACCCAAGCAUUUGGAGAGAUCAAUUCAUCAAUUAUGACGACUCUCAAGAAAUUAGGACUUGUGCCGACAUUCAACACCAAGUUAACCACCUCAAAGAAGCAGUGAGGAGAAAAAUAUUCACAGCAAUUGCAAGUGACUUUUCCCAUCAACUAAAGUUAAUUGAUAUUAUUCAGCGCCUUGGCGUGGCAUACCAUUUUGAGAGAGAAAUCGAAGAAGCACUGGAUAAUAUGCAUGCUACAAUAUUUGACUACCAUGGCGACAAUUAUGGCGAUCUAUAUAGUGUUGCUCUUGGUUUUCGGAUACUAAGACAACAUGGAUAUAACGCUACAUGUGCUAUGUUCAACAGGUUCAAAGAUGAUGAGAAUGGUAGUUUCAAGGAAAGCUUGACUGAUGACCUGUCGGGCAUGCUAAGCUUAUAUGAAGCAUCCCACCUGAGGGUGCAUGGAGAAGAUAUACUAGAGGAGGCUUUUAAUUUCACCACCACUCACCUCGAGUCGGCAGCAACCAAAGCAAGCUAUCCGCUAUCAGCACAAAUAACUCAAGCUUUAGAGAGACCUCUGCGAAGAAGUCUAGAGAGAUUAUCUGCCAGGCAUUACACGUCAAUCUACCAAGAUGAAGCUUCCCAUGACGAAGCUUUACUGAAACUUGCAAAGUUAGAUUUCAAUCUUGUUCAGGCUUUACACAAAAAGGAACUCCAAGAGAUUACAAGGUGGUGGAGAGCACUAGAGUUUGACAGGAAGCUGCCAUUUGCAAGAGAUAGGGUGGUGGAGUUGUACUUUUGGACAGUGGGAGUAUAUUUUGAACCCCAGUACUCUGUUGGGAGAAAAAUUCUGGCAAAAGUGAACGUCUUAUUAACUGUGAUGGAUGAUAUUUACGAUUCAUUUGGUACAUUUGAAGAACUCGUGACCUUUACUGAGGCAAUCGACAGGUGGGAUGUCAAUGGCCUUGAUGAACUGCAAGACUAUAUGCAAAUAUUUUACUAUGCACUUCUGAAUCUUUUUAAUGAAAUUGAGGAAGAGAUGAUAAAGAAAGGAAAUUCAUACCGGGUUCCCUAUGCAAUAGAAGCUAUGAAAGGUCAAGCUCAUUCCUAUUUGGACGAGGCCCGAUGGUUACACGAAGGACGAAUUCCAAGCAUGGAGGAGUAUAUGCGUGUUGCAACAGUUUCUAUUAGCUACACCUUCAAUACAGCCAUCACUUUACUUGGCAUGGGAGAUAUUGUAACAAAGCAGUCAUUUGACUGGUUGUUUAAUGACCCCAAAAUUAUUAGGGCUGCAAAUACCAUCUUCAGAAUCAUGGAUGACAUUGUUUCGACCGACGCUGAUGCUAUUACUUGUGUUCAUUGCUACAUGAAGCAAUACGGGGUCUCAAAGCAAGAGGCAGUUGAUGUUUUUGAGAAACAAAUUAUGGAUUUGUGGAAGGAUAUAAACGAGGAGUUCCUUAGAUCAACAGUUGUUCCAAUGCCCGUCCUCACGCGCGUCCUCAAUCUAGUACGAGUACCUGAUCUCCUUUACAAAGGGGACGAUGGAUUCACACGAGUGGGAAAGGUGACAAAAGAUGGUGUCGCUUCAAUCUGUAUCGAUCCAGUCCCUCUAUGAGGGUUUUUUUGGUCAAUUAUCCCACACUGUGUUUGUUUGGAUGUCUGUGUAUAUAUAUAGUAUAAAGCUUUACGAUCUGUCGUUGAAUAAGAUGAACAUUGUAAUGGAAGAAAAACCUGUGUAUGGCUACUUGAUGACGAGUUGACAACUUUUAUAUUGGACGGCCAUUGAUGGAGUAGUUGAACUCGUAGAUUUUGUUGUAGCGGGAUCGGCCUUCCCUCACUCUCAGCCCUUGCCCUUGGUUCCCUGACAGUAAUGUCGCCACCGACUUGGCCACCGACGGCUUCUCCGCCACGGUCAGCACCGUAACACUACUCCCACUCCCUGACAUUUUCACCACUCCACUCGACGACUCUACCCUACUCGCCCCUCCUUCUUUUGAUUACGCCUUUUUCUUUUCCCGCUUGCACCAACUCCCAUUGCUGGAGAGAUUUUUCAGGACUCGUUUUUCUCUAUUUGGUUCGAUUUGUUUUUCCUUUUUUGGUUUUUUGUAGGGAUUGGCCUUUUUCUUUUCUGAUCCUUAGGCCAUCUCUAACCGAAGGGUCCAGAUGGCCAGAGUGCCGAAAAUAACCCUAAAACUGUCUAUAACCGAGGGCUAGGCCAGAGGGCUCUGGAAUCUGGGAGGGCCCCACGG